AUUUAUUGAAAGAUUUAAUGGAAAAAAAAGAACGUGAAAAAUUGGAUUUAAUGCAGGAAAAAGUGGAACUAUCAAAACAUAUUACGAAUCUUGAGAAUGAUGUCAAACACCGCACUGAACUUCUUUUACGAUCAAAAAGGAUGUGUAAUGUUAGAGGUGCUUUAGAGUUCAUUAGAUCAACGGACAAAAUUAUCUCGUUUCGCGAACCUACAGACAAUGUUUUGAUGAAGCUGACUCAAAAUCAAAAGUUUGUAUCAUAUUUAAAGCAAAAUUGCGAACUUAAUAAUUCUCAAUACAUAGAUGUCGAAAGAUGUAUGGGUGGUCUCUAUCACACUGCAUCAAAACAAUUGCACGGUCACGACAAGGAUAUUGAAAUUGAUGCGCGGGACUGGAGUGUGAAUGAAGUAUUAGCAUUAGGUGUUCUUCUUCGUUAUUAUAAUAUUCCGUACUCUUAUUAUGAUGACCAGGGGGAAUUAGCUGAUUACCCUUACAAGUUAGCUGAAAACCAUUAG